CUCCUCACCUCAUCCUCUCUUUCUCUCGCCCCCUUCUUUCUCUCUCUAAGGAUUAUUCUUUCAACACAAAUUGCUCCAAGACUUGAAUUCAAGAAAACCCUUUACAUUUGCAAGAAACAGUUAUACCCAUGGCAAUAGAGAUUGUACAACCAAGUGUUGGAUUAUCAAAGAUAGCAGUCUCAGAAACCCAUGGAGAAGACUCUCCAUACUUUGCAGGUUGGAAAGCUUAUGAUGAAAACCCUUAUGAUGAAGUACAUAACCCCACCGGUGUCAUUCAGAUGGGACUAGCGGAAAAUCAAGUGUCUUUUGAUUUGCUUGAAGAAUAUUUGGAAGCAAAUCUUGAAGCAUCAAAUUGGGGCCAGAAGGUUUCUGGCUUUAGAGAGAAUGCUUUGUUUCAAGAUUAUCAUGGGCUUCAAUCUUUUAGAAAGGCAAUGGCAAGUUUCAUGGAACAAGUGAGGGGAGGAAAAGCAAAAUUCAACCCUGAUCGAGUUGUCUUGACUGCUGGCGCUACUGCUGCCAAUGAGCUUUUAACCUUCAUUUUGGCUGAUCCUGGCGACGCAUUGCUCGUUCCAACCCCUUACUAUCCAGGAUUUGAUAGAGAUUUGAGGUGGAGAACUGGUGUACAAAUUGUUCCAAUCCACUGUGAAAGUUCAAACAAUUUUCAGAUUACGCCUGAAGCUCUAGAAGCAGCAUAUGAUCAUGCAAGAUCAAUAAACAUAAAAGUGAGAGGAGUGCUCAUCACGAACCCCUCUAACCCGUUGGGUGCAACCAUUCAACGAAAGGUCUUAGAAGAGAUCCUAGACUUCGUGACACGAAAGAACAUCCACCUUGUUUCAGACGAAAUCUACUCAGGUUCAGCAUUCUACGCAGAUGAAUUCGUAAGCAUUGCAGAAGUGCUCGAAUCAAGAGACUACAAAGAUGCUGAAAGAUGUCAUAUUGUUUAUAGUCUUUCGAAAGACCUUGGUCUCCCCGGUUUCCGAGUAGGAACAGUGUAUUCUUACAACGAUCAAGUGGUGACAACCGCAAGGAGAAUGUCUAGUUUCACGUUAAUUUCUUCUCAAACACAGUUUUUAUUGGCUUCUAUGUUAUCAGACAAAGAGUUUACGCAGAAGUAUAUAAAGAUCAACCGUGAAAGAUUGAAGAAACGAUAUGAAAUGAUCAUCAACGGGCUAAGAAAGGCAGGUAUUGAAUGCUUAGAGGGGAAUGCAGGCCUCUUCUGUUGGAUGAACCUGAGUCCUUACUUGGAGGAUGCCACUAUCAAGAGCGAAAUAGCGAUCUGGAAGACCAUUAUGCAUGAAGUAAGGCUAAACAUAUCGCCUGGAUCAUCUUGUCAUUGUUCAGAACCAGGGUGGUUUCGAGUUUGUUUUGCAAACAUGAGUGAAGAAACACUUGACGUUGCACUAUCAAGAAUUCAUGAAUUCAUAGAGAGAAGGAAGCAAGAUAGGCAAGUGGUGUGCAUCCAGUGAUACAUUGAAUCUUUGACACAAAAGUCUUUUCCUUUUUUGGCAAUAUUUUUUAGGUGGCAAACCCUCAUCAAGAUAGGGUUUUUGCGCCAAAUACCGGGGAUUUUAGUCUGUUUUUGCUCUAAUUUCUUUCGAGUGGAAUCUCCAAGAAAUUUGAGUUUGUAGUACCCAUCGGUUGAAUACAAUUUCGAGAUUGAUCUUAUUUUUUUUGUAG